AUGGAUUACAGAGUUAACAGAAAUAGCGGCUACAUGAGAGUGAGCGUGUCAGCAAGCUCGGAGUCCGAGGCGCGCAGCGGCAAUGGCGUUGCCACGUCUCCGUCCAUCGAGCCACGAGGGGAAGCCACGGAAUUCCCCGCGUUUCUGCCGCCGCAAGUGACGGAGCUUGAGGAGGAGGCGGCUCGCCAGCUGGCACGGCGCGUUCAGAGGCUGCCAGUACAGACCAACCUUGCUUCAGAACCAAUCAUGAGCGGCUGCAUCGUGCCAAAAAACGCCGGCCAGACAGCCGUCCCCAUCCUGCUCUUCCACGGAUUUGACAGUUCAUGCCUGGAGUGGCGGCGGGUGUAUCAGCGCCUGGAGGAGGGGGGAGCGGAGCCAUGGGCGGUGGACACUCUGGGCUGGGGCUUCUCAGACACCACCAAGGAGCGGGGAAUCCAGUCCUUCUCCGUGGAUGCCAAGAGGGAGCACUUAUACCAGUUCUGGCGGCAACACCUAGGGGGCCGUCCGGCUCUGCUGGUUGGUCCUAGCCUCGGGGGUGCUGCUGCCAUCGACCUGGCAGUGAACCAUCCCGAUGUGCCAGUGGGUCUCCUCCUGUUGGACGCACAGGCGUUUCAGGAGGGCGUGGGUCCUCUCGCCGCCCUGCCGAAAUUCCUGGCAUACGCGGGGGUAGCUCUCCUGAAGAGUGUACAGUUGCGCAUGUCAGCAAUCAAGAUGGCAUUCCAUGAUAAGACACAGUCAACCGAAGAUGCAAUGAAUGUCGGCCGUCUGCACUGCCUGAUGCCUGAUUGGGCUGAUGCCAUGGUUGAUUUCAUGCGCUCGGGCGGUUACCACGUGUCCAAGAGAGUGGGCGAGGUGUCCCAGCCAUGCCUAGUGGUGCUUGUGGUGACCACUCACAAAGGAGCUCCUAAAGAAUUUCUGGGAGCAAAGGUGAUACCUUCGCUAAGUUUCCCCUGCCCGUGGUACACGAAUGUUCCUCUCGCGCUGGGAUUCAGCCCACGAAUUGUUUCUGAAGUGGCCAAAUUCAAGCCAGACAUCAUCCACUCCACCUCUCCAGGAAUCAUGUGCUUUGGAGCCAUGGCAACAGCGAAGAUGACACACACGCCCUUCAUGCUCUCGUAUCACACUCACGUCCCAGCGUACAUACCCAAGUACACUUUUCCAGGACUAGUGGAGCCCAUGUGGAAAGUAAUUCGAUACUUGCAUCGAGGGGCGGACCAUGCUAUCACGACAUCUCACGAGCUGGCAAAGGAGCUUAAAGAGCACAACGCCACAGCAGGAGGCAGCAGGCAGAUGGGCGUGUGGCCCAAGGCAGUAGAUUCUCACAAGUUCAACCCGCGGUUUCGAGACCAGGAGACGCGGAAGCUGCUCAGUGGAGGGGAGGUGGACAAGCCUCUCAUUGUGCAUGUGGGGCGCCUGGGAGCUGAGAAGAACCUUCAUCUGCUCAAACCCAUGCUGGACAGGCUUCCAGGGGCACGCCUUGCUUUCAUCGGGGAUGGACCACACAGAGGCGAGCUGGAAAAACUGUUUGCCGGAACGCCCACAGUCUUUGCCGGCAUGAAGCAAGGAGCCGACCUUUCGCGAGCAUUCGCAUCAGGAGACAUUUUCAUCACUCCUUCGGAAACAGAAACGCUGGGGAACGUGGUUCUAGAAGCGAUGGCGUCAGGUGUCCCUGUGGUCGCCGCCCGGGCAGGUGGAAUCCCAGAUAUUGUCAACAGAGAGGGGCAGAACGGGUUCCUGUUCACGCCGGGGGACGUGGACGACGCGGUCGGCAAGCUUCGGCAGCUAGUGGCAUCCAAGAAAACGCGAGAGGCGAUAGUUGAGGCGGGGUUGCGGGAUGCGGAGGCGUGUGAUUGGCGAGCCAGCACGAUGACAGUGAGGAAUGAGCACUAUGGGAGGGCGGUUUACUCGUUUAUCCGCAAGGGGCGGGUGAAUCUGCGGAGCAGGAAGCCUCUGGCUGUGGCUGCUCCUGCCUCGGUCUUCCCUCCCGGGCCGCGUGACUUGCAGUGA